AUUUCAGAAUCAUUAAAUCAUUUUAUAAUACGACAACAAAUUUAAGUAAUAGCCGAAAAAAUGGCAUCCAAAAUGUACUCUUUUUUUCUAUGUAUUUUACCAUUUGUUAUUGAAAUUCAAGGAGCAAAAUAUUACGAAAAGAUAACUCUGGAUAGAAAUAAUUGUAAUUUAAGACAUUUUGAUAUGGCUGCCUUAAAAACUGAAGCAAUCAUUUUGAAAUUGAAUAUAAAAAAAGGACAGUUUGAUUGUAACUUUAAUAUUACAUCUCUAUCAUCUUCCGGAAUGAUAAUUAAUUCAAGACAAUUGAAUAAGGAGCCCGUGUGCGAUAGCUCUUAUGGAACUGGACUUUUGAUUAAUAACAGGCUUGUUUGUCCUGGCUGUAAACGUUGGUAUAAGACUUUUGAAACUGAUGUUGGUAUAGCUGCGAAUAUACAGAUUCGAUCUCGUAAGAAAUUACAGCUAGAGAUGAUUAUAACUGCUUUUAGACCAGAUAGCCGUUGCGCAAGAUACGAGUUUAAUUGUGGAUACAGUUUAACGGGAAAAUGCAUUAGUGAUCGUUACCAGUGUGACAGAUAUAAUAAUUGUGGAGAUAAUCGUGAUGAAUCAUUCAGAACUGCAGGAUGUAUAUUUUCUUGGGGACCAUCACUUUUAAGAUUUACAGCAAUAUUUUUCGCCGCCGUCUUCUUGUUUAUUAUUUUUGUCAUUUUAAUUAUUUCUCAGUGUUGUCAGAAGAAAUCGCAGAGAGACGAACAAACAGCAAGAAAUAUUUCGGUCGUUAACGUCGAAACGAGUCCAUCACAAAUGAUAGAAACCCAGAACGAAGCUAAAAUUGUACAACCACCAGCGUAUUAUGUGUUAUUUCCUCCAAAAGAGUAAAAUAAACAAGGAAGCAUCCUUAUAGUCGAAAUAAAUUUAGAAAACAAAAAACAGUCUAAAUGCUUUUGAUAACGAUAUUUACAGUUUGUAGACCAAACAAGAUAACGAUUUGAUUAAAUUUAUUUUAAUUAAGACCACAGAACUUUCAACAUUUUUAAAAUCUAAAAAAUCUUUAUACACAGGACAUUUUUUCUAUUAAUUUCA